UAGAUUCCAGACCCUCUUCCUCGGCCCACCUGUGCCCCGGCCCACUCUGCCCCCCAGAGCCAGUGCCCCAGCCGCCUCCAUGGCCUCAGGAAGGAUUCAGGGGAGAGGCCCCACGCAGGGGGGCCACUCCGAGCACACAGUCUGGCCGGAAUGGAGCUGACCGAACUGCUCCUCGCGGCCAUGCUUCUCCUGACAGCAAGACUCACUCUGGGCCUGCCCGCCCCUCCUGCCUGCGACCCCCGGCUGCUCAACAAGCUUCUUCGCGACGCCCAGGUCCUCCAUAGCAGACUGAGCCAGUGCCCGGAAGUUAACCCGUUGGCCUCACCUGUCCUGCUGCCCGCUGUGGACUUCAGCUUGGCAGAAUGGAAAACCCAGACGGAGCAGGCCCGAGCACAGGACGUGCUGGGAGCAGCAGCCUUGCUGCUGGAGGGAGCGGCGGCAGCUCGGGCGCAGCUGGGACCCACCUGCCUCUCAUCCCUGCUGGGACAGCUUGCUGGACAGGUCCGCCUUCUGCUCGGGGCCCUGCAGGGCCUGCUUGGAGCCCAGCCUCCCCCACAGGGCAGGACCGCAGUCCACCAGGACCCCGGCGCCAUCUUCCUGAGUUUCCAGCAGCUGCUCCGAGGCAAGGUGCGUUUUCUGCUACUUGUCGUGGGACCUGCCCUCUGUGCCAGGCGGGCCCUGCCCACCACCGCCCUGCCAAGCGGCCCCUCGCCGGCCCUCGAGCUGAGCCAGCUCCCACAGCGGACUUCUGGGGUGCCGGAGACCAACGCCAGCGUCUCGGUCAGAACUACGGGCUCUGGACUUGGGCCGAGUCUGCGGCUGCUCGGAGCCCCCCUGCCUGUGCUGCUGAACCAGACCUUCCAGGGUCAGGACCAAGGUUCUGGACAGCCCAACUGGACACAGGGACUUCUGAAUGGAACUCGUGGAUCCUUCCCGGGUCCCUCACCCCGGGUCCUCAGCACCCUGGAUGCCCCUCCAGGGGUCUCGGACACUGGCUCCCCACCACCCAGCCUGCAGCCUGGGUCCUCCCCAAGCCAGCCCCCUCCCGGACCGGCCACACUCUCCUCUUCUUGGUCCCCCCGGCCCUCCUCUGGGCCUCACCUCACGGCAGCAGCCCCCCCUCACGUCCAGAAUCUGUCUCAGGAAGAGGAAGGGCCAGGGCCACCGGCCCCCGGACCCCUGGCCUCGCCUCCUGUGUGAGUCCCUAACCUGCCCCGGAGGCCCUGAGAAGCAGGGCAGCGAUUCCAGAGUCCCUGAUGCUUUCACCCGACCCCACAGCCCUGGAGAAAGGGGGUCCACAGGACAGGAAAAGAGGCUCUUUUUUUUUCACUCUCUAUAAGAAAACUUCAGAAGCUAUUUUUUUAAGCUAUCAAUAAUA